UUUUCGAGACCCAUUUUGCCCGGGUCAAAAGUGGCUGUUUUCCAGAAAAGUGCAUUCAUUCCAGCUCGAGCCACCUGUGUGUACCAUAUAGUUCCUAAAAUUACCACCAAACCAACAUGAUACUGCGGUUUCUAUUUUCGCUUCUAUUCGUCAGCUCAACCUUAAAUUUCGCACCCGUAACACAUGGGUCGAUAAUCACUCGUACAAUCGAAGCCCAGAAGGCCCUCAUCGCCCGGGAGGAAGCCCUUCUGGAACAGACCAAAGCUGCAGUGAAGGACGCUGUGGAUGGUGCCGUGGAUGUAACCCGAGAAACGCUGGCAAACGUAGCUGAGCAUGCCAUCAACAUUGCAACGUUUCCGGUCCGAGUGGGAAGCCGUGUGAUCGACCGAUCUAAGGAUCUGGUGUACAACACAACGCAGAAGCUGUGGGAAUAUUCUCCGAUCCAGUUUAGUAUCAGUGAGCCUAAGCCACGUGCCGCUCCAGUGGCCCAGGAUCGAUUGGACGUGACACCCCAAGCAGCGCAAGAGGAAGCAUCAUGGACCCAGAGACUAUGGAACACAAUCAACAGUUUGCCCAUCAUUCGAGUGGUGUUCAAUACGACUUCAAAUUUCGAUGCUGAGGGGCCGAGUUAUGAAAUUGAAACAAACAGGAUUCAGCUUGAAAAUGAAGCUUAUGCCUAAUAAUAACAGUAUCCACGGAUUAAAACAAAGCAGUUAUUAAAGUGCAUUUACUUAAGUACGUCCCGGGUGUGAAGCAGUUAAGCACCUUUCAGUCAAUAAAAAAAAACCGGUUCAAUUUGAAAUACUGAUGUGCUCGUGUUUUUUUCACCACAAGAAAAAACGCCUGAAUGUAUGUUGUGCAACUGAAGAAUUCGAAACUCGCAAGCAAAAUGAAAAGUGGUGAAUACGGAAUCACGUGUAUAGGGUGUUAAAAAAAUAAACUCCUCGGCAACAUUAUAGGCCUGAAUGCCAAUUGAUGUAGACUAAAAACUUUCAUAACUUUGUUCACAACAUUUAUGAAAAAAUACCAUGUCAUGUCUGUUUCAUAUGAAGUAUACCCGCAAAGCUGUCACAUAUAUUUAUUUUUACCGAAUGCUUUAAAAUUGCUCCUCUAACUUACGUUAGUUUUACAAAUAUUCAUUCAGUAAGCAUUCAUAGAAAUAACGAAAGUUAGACUAGAUAAAACAGUGUAGUAAAGUCAAAAUAACAAUUUCAAUAAUUUUAAUAAGCUAAGUUUAGCCUAAUGGGUAAAUUCCACCACCGGAAUUUCGUAUGAGGCUUAUUAAAUUGUUCGUUGUAAAACAUGGAAAAUAGUCAGCUAUAAAUCCAUAUUUUUUAAGUUUUUGUUAUGCUAUGUCAAAUCAAUGAACCAAAAUAAGCGUGCUUAUGGAACACCCGUAAGUCAUAUUGAAUGCUUUUUCUCAUUAUAUAUUUGCAGCCCAGAUGCUUUGCUGCUUCUGAUUCAGCAUUAAUUUAAUUUGUAUUUAUAAUCUUUCUUAAAUCAUCAUCGACCGAAAAACUUUAGAAAAGAUGAAGUGUGGAUGAAGGUUCAGGUCGAAAAGUUGUGGAACGGUGUUAUUUAUACGUUUUCUUUAUCGAGAUGCGUCUAAAAACAUAAUUUCAAACUUAUUUUAGACAGUAUAUAAGCAGCUAAUAAAGUGAAUUAUAUAGCGCAGAUAGAGGGAGUCAAAUGAUCAACUUACAAAAGAAUAACCGAAUAUGGGACAGCUUAGCGGGUACAUUCAAUAUUAUUUUUUCCUCUGCAUCAGCAAAUUCCAAA